AGAACAAAAAACAAAACCAUCAAUCCCCAGACAGAGCAGUCACUCUUUCAGCACAUAAUUAGUUAGUACGAACGAGGGGCUGCCAUAGAUUACACCACACAAGUACUCUUUCGCUCUACAUUUCUGGAGUGCAUCUCUCUGUGGUGUGUUGCACUUUCCAAACGGAAAGAAAACCCGGGGAAAAGUGUUCUUUUAUUUCUCUUGUUUCACAGCAUGUGCGUCUGGAUUGCGUUUUUUCUUUAUUACUUUUUGGAGAAGUUUGUGUAAAUUGUUUAUUUUUGGCCCUUAGUACAAGUGCGGCUUGCGGUUUCGAAAUAAGGUUAAUUCGGUUGUUUUUUUCAAGUGUGUGAAAAUUUUGUGUGGUUAUGCGGUUCUGGGGUGUACUGUGUGAGCUCAGUACCGUUCUAGUGCUGGAAGUAGUUGCGGCGGAUUUGAUGUGAUUAUAGUGCGCUCGAGUUUAAUCUGGUGAAAAUAGUGUACCGGGCUUGAAACGAUUACGGCGACCCCACACCAGAGUCCAGAGAGAGAGUGACGUGUAACGCAUGAGUUGUGCAUAUUGAUAACUCGGCCUCUGAAAGUCGAGGGAAAAAGUUCUGUACAUACAACAUAAUCAACACACCCGCGGUGAAGGAGUCACACUUCGUAUGGGUGGCCGCUAACGGACGGACGAAGCUCCUCAGCAGAGUGCUUGAUCGCAUCCAGAAUAUCAAUCAACCACCACCGCCAGGAACGGAAGAGGCUUGGUAACGCUUGAUUGCCGGAUCCAAGACCGGGCGCGCGUAACCUGACGCGGGAAUCGAAGUCUUCGAUCAGUAAGAACUCAAGUGACGACCGUGGCGGACGCGUAUAACUAAGUGUUCUUGAAGAGUUAGUUUUACUGCAAAGAAAGUGUGAAGUGAGCAAAAGUGUUGUCCUGUGAAAGAUCGAAGCAACUAUGCUCUACUUGAAGAUCAUCGCCGUGGGACUGUGCUCCGUGCUCGUCUGGGAUGCGGUGGAAGCAGCGGAAACAGUGUGCUCCACGACGACUAUCAAACUCGUCUACGUGAAGAAGAACGGCAAAAACAUCGCGGUGGCCAAGGGCAAAUGCUGCCAGGGCUACGUCCGCCACAAGAACCGCUGCGUCCCGGUGUGCACCACCCCGUGCGAAAACUCCAAAUGCACCGGUCCCAACUUUUGCACCUGUAACGAGGGCUACGAGCGGCUGUCCGACUUUCGGUGCAUUCCCCACUGCGAAGGCUGCGACAACGGGUUCUGCAUUCGGCCGGGGUACUGCCAGUGUUCGACCGGUUACUACCACGCCGACAACGGAAGCUGUCUGGCGGAGUGUGGCAACUGCCGGGAGGGGUACUGCGUCGAGCCGAACGUCUGCCAGUGCCGGGAGGGGUACCGGCUGGGAGGGACGGAGGAGGAGAGGGUUUGCGAGCCGAUCUGUGAGCAGACUUGCGGCAAUGGGCGGUGCACGGCGCCGAACGUCUGUACUUGUGACGAGGGCUUUGUGGUGAACGAUGUUGGGGGUUGUGAGCCGGAAGCUCCACCGACGACGACUCCGGAGCCAUGUGCGGAGGGUUACGAGAGGGGUGACGGGGGUUGUGUACCGGUUUGUGGGGAGGUUUGUGAGAACGGGGAGUGUUCGGGACCGGAUCAGUGCGAGUGCUACGCAGGGUUCUCGAACGAGAACUCGACCUCGUACCAUCUGUGCAAGCCGGUAUGCGCGAACGGAUGUGGAAAUGGGGACUGUAUUGCACCGGGGAACUGCGUCUGCCACAAGGGUUACGGGAAGAUCGCCGACGAGUGUAUUCCGCUGUGCGAGAAGUGUUCGCUGGGGCAUUGCGUCAAGCCGGAAGUGUGCCAGUGCGAUCGUGGUUACGAGCUGAUCGACGGGGAUUGUGUGCCGAUUUGUGAGGAGGAGUGCAAGAACGCCAAGUGUACGGGACCGAACUCGUGCACGUGCCUGCCCGGGUACAACUACACCGAUAUCAACUCGUUGUUUGAGUGCUUGCCGGUUUGCGAAGAUGACUGCGACAAUGGAGAGUGUGUGGCGCCGAAUACCUGCGAGUGCAAUCCGGGAUUCGUCAAAGACGAGGACGUCUGCGUGGAUCCGAUUGAUCUGUGCCGGGCCAAGUGUCUGAACGGGUUCUGCGACGGGAGUGCCAAGUGCAACUGCAACCACGGCUACAUCAUGAACAUGAUCGGGCUCUGCGAGAAGACCUGUCCGGACGGGUGCGUCAACGGAGAGUGCAUAGGGGGGAGCUGCCUGUGCAACGAGAAUUACCGGCUGUCGCUGGCGAACAGCUCGGUGUGCGAGCCGAUCUGCGGCGGCGGCGAUGACUACGACUACGACGGUGGAUGCCAAAAUGGACGGUGUAUCGAGCCGAACGUGUGCCAGUGCGAUGAAGGGUUCGACUUUGCUGACGGAAGCCGAACGCGAUGUCAAAGCCUGGAAGAGAUUCGACAGGAACGAGAACUCCAGCAAAAAGUAAAGCAAUGCGCGAAGGAGUGCAACGGAGAGUGUCAGCAGGGUUACUGUCAGUGUCCGGUAGGGUACGUCAAUCCGAAGGACCAAGAUCAUCGAUGUGAACCGCUGUGCGAACCUCAAUGUAUCCAUGGAACCUGUAUCCUACCGAAUCGAUGCGAGUGCGACCAAGGCUACGAGUUCUACAACGGAAGUACAUACGAAUGCUUCCAUCGAAAGGAAAUCAAGCGAUUCAACACACAGCUAAAGCAAGAUCUCUGCGAAGAAAAGUGCAACAACGGAUACUGUGAAGAAGGAGACUGCCUGUGCAACGUCGGCUUCCGUCCGCGAGCGGAUGACGAGUACAACUGCGAUCCGUUCUGCGAAAAGCCCUGCCUGAACGGAAUCUGCGCUGGCAACAACCAGUGCAGAUGCUUCGAAGGGUAUGAGAACUACGACGACGGCAGUGCUUGCAGGCCAAGCUGUGAACACGAGUGCGUCAACGGACGGUGCGUCGAGCCGAACAAGUGCAAGUGCAACGCCGGGUUUGUGUUCGUGGAAGGAAGCGCCAGCGCUUGUGAGUCCGUCGAGAAGAGCGUUGCGGACCAGAAGCAGAAGCUGUGCAAAGCCAAGUGCUCGAACGGGCUCUGCGUGGAUGGUGUCUGCAAGUGUUCCGAAGGAUUCCAGAUCGAUCCAACGAAGCUCGCCUGUGAACCGAUUUGUGAGCAUGUUUGCAAGAACGGGUUCUGUUCAGCGCCAGGCGAGUGUCGGUGCAACGCCGGUUACGAGCACUUUGAGGGUUACGGCUGCAAGCCGAUCUGCGAGCAAGACUGUGAAAACGGGUUCUGCGGAGCACCGGGAAAGUGCGAAUGCUCACACGGUUACAAACGUGAAGACAGCCGAUGCGUCCCCAACUGUGGAGAAGACGGCUGCGCCAACGGAAUCUGCGUCGCACCGGACACCUGCGAAUGCUUCACCGGAUACAAACAAUCCGAGGACGCUUCCAGCUGUCAGCUGAUCCCGGAGAUCAUCUACAAGGUCGACAGAAACCCCCUCGCCUACAACCGCGCCUACAUCACCUACCUGGUGCCGCUGGUCGUGAUAGCGGUCCUCAUCACCUCCGCCAUCGUCGUCAUGAUCGUCCUCCGGAACAAGCGCAAGGACUACCACGUGGGCAAGCUGGGUAAAGUGCGCCGCUCGGCGGCGGACAUCGCCGAUCGGCGGUCGACCCGCACCACCGAUUACAAUGAUUAUAACCUGGUCGUUCUUUUCCCCACAGAGAGCAAAGAUAACUGUGUCUACUUUAUGCCGCAACCACCGGCGGCAGCCGCGGGGGUGACUAGUUUGGCCAAAGAGGAAGAGGAAAAGUUUCAGGUGUGACCUUUCUAUUUUUUUUGGUUUGGAGGAUGAGAGAAAGAGAGAGGAAGAAGGGAAGUCAUCUAUCAAGUGUAAAUAGUAGGCUAAGGAUCGAAACGUAAACACAAGCGCGCACAUCAAAUUUGUAACGAAGACGUACUGUUUUAUUUUUUUAUUUAUUUUUUAUAAGCUUCGACGAAACCAUCAAAUAAAUACUAAGAAGAUUUUAACGAA